AUGCCCCCUACUCCAGAUACGAUUGUGAAGGUUGGCAAGUGCGCCCGUACGGGGGUGGAGAUAUCCAUAUGUUACAACUCAUUUGGGGACCCUAAAAAUCCAUGUGUCCUUUUGGUCAUGGGCAUGAUGAGCGUCGGUAUGCUCUGGCGUGAUGAACUCUGUGAACGGAUUGCAGCGUGUGGCUACUACGUGAUUCGGUACGACAACCGUGACGUGGGACUUUCAACACACUUCUCGGAUUUCCCCGGGCCCCACGUGGCUCGGAUGAUCCUGCCACGAAUUCUAUCGUUUGGUGAGAAACUACCAUACACGCUGGAGGACAUGGCUGCGGAUGGAAUGAAUUUGCUGACGACUCUCGGCAUCAAUAAGGCUCAUGUGGUGGGGUCCAGUAUGGGCGGGAUGAUUGUGCAACUUAUGGCUAUCCACUACCCGGCCCGUGUGCGAAGUCUUUCGAUCAUAUACUCACACACCGGCAACCCUAAUCGAGUGCGGGAAAGCUGGCGGGUCAAGCUGGGGUUUCUGGAAAAGCCGGCUAGCUCUGCGCUUGAGGAUUUGGUUGAGUUCAAGUGCCACCUGGCGCUUCGCAUGGCGGGUGACGGCUACCCGAUCGAUAGGGAUAAGCAACGGGAAUUUAUGAAAAAAAUUAUUGAACGCGCUCCCGAUGAUCCUGGGAGUUUGCGUCGCCACCUUUCUGCGGUUCAACGGGCGGAGAGUCGUGUGGAGGGCUUAAGGGGUCUGAAAACACCAACACUUGUGAUACACGGCAUGCUCGACCAGCUUGUUCCAUACGAAAAUGGUAUUGAGAUCGCCAAAGUGAUUGGGCGCUCAGCCAAGCUGGUCUUGUUCCCACUUAUGGGACACUCCAUACCAGAGGAGCUCUUCCCCGCCGUUGCGCAGGAGAUUGUGUGGAAUGCACAGAGAGCCGAUGCCAGUGAAUAA